AUGAAGCGCGUACUCGCGCACGCCGUUCUGUUCCUCGCCGCCGCGCGCGCUGCUGCGCAGAACCUCACCGGCACCCAGCUCGACGCCGUUAUCGCCGUUCUCCAGGCAAACGCGCAGCAAACCUGGGAACUCGGCACCGAGUGCGAAGCCCUAACCGAAUAUUAUGCACCCAGCUACGCAGUCUUCAACGCUUCCUCCCUCUCCCCUUCGGCACCCGCACCAGCGUCUCUAACACCAGUGCUCAGCAUAGCGCACAACGUCAUAGCGAAUCGGUCCGCGUCGAACUCGAACAAGACGGGACCCCAGCCGCUGGUGUACGUCUCCGGCGGCGCCGCGGGCGACCCGGCCAGUAUUGGCGUUGCGGUCCUCCUUGCGAACCUUACCGGCCAGCAGGCGGAGGACGGGCUGGACUAUGCGGGGGCGGCGAGGGACCAGUUGGCGUAUUUGUUGCAGGACGUGCCGCGCACAGGGGACGGCGCGAUUUCGCAUCGGGUGGAGGAGGUGCAGCUGUGGUCGGACUCGGUGUACAUGGUCCCGCCAUUCCUCGCGUACUACGGCGCGACGGCAGGGAACGCGAGUCUGCUCACGGAGGCGUACACGCAGGUGAAGCUCUAUCGGCAGUAUCUGUUCAAUGGGAACGUGAGUCUGUGGCGGCAUAUUGUGUUGGGGAACCAAACGGAUGCGGGGCACUGGUCGACGGGCAACGCGUGGGCAGCGGCAGGGAUGGUGCGCGUGCUCGGUACGAUCCAGCACUCGGCGUACGCAGGGUCGAUGCGGAGCCAGACGAACGACCUCGUGGCGUGGGUGGGCGAGAUCCACAAGGGCAUGUACACGCGGCAACAGGCGAGCGGGCUGUUCACAAACUACGCGGACGAGGGCUCGACGUUCGAGGACGCAUCGAGCGCGGCGCUCCUCGCGAGCACCGUCUACCGCCUCGCGCUCCUCGCGGACGUGGGCACGUACAUCUCACAUGCGGAGCGCGCGCGCGUGGCGCUAUCGGCGGCGGGCGAUAACGGGAUAAGCAGUAGCUCAAGUAGUUCCAGCAGUGCCAAUACUAGCGCCAGCGCCAGCAGCGACUCCAGCCCGAGCGCCACCAUCGCGAACACAAACUCGACUGCCACGUCCUCGCUCCCUGCGUCUACCUCCACGCCCUCCGCGUCCCCAUCUUACUCCGCGAUGGCUGGCCUCGCGCACUUCACGAACCAGGGCUACCUCACGCCCGUCGUGGACCCAUACAGCUGGGGUGCGCAGGCUUCCCCGGGCGCCGUGUCACCCGAGGGCCAGGCGUUCGUCGUCGAGAUGCAGUCGGCGUGGCGCGACUGGGUGCUCGCGGGUGCGCCGAGCGCGAGUGCGGCGCUGCCGCGCGCGGUGACGGCCUGGGGAUGGGUUGUGGGUGCGUCUGUGGGGGUUGUGCUCAUGUGGGGCGCGUAG